UAACAGACAGUACUGUUCUACUGUUUCUAUUGUCCAGCCUUUCCAGGCGGUGAGAGAUGAUGAGAGUGGACGGCACAAUAUAAAGAAGAACUGCAGGGACGCUGACAAUUCACACACACAUUUCUAGGAGUCGCUGAGAGGAUGGCGAAAGCUGCACUGCUGUUGUUUUGUUGCCUGGUCAUGUCUGUAUCAGGCUCACCGCUUUACCCAUCUAUUAGGUUUGGCCAGACUGAUACUUCCAUCCUGAUGACAUCGGCGAUAAAGAGUCCAGUAGAGCAGCUGGAGGAGGACGCCAGCUCUCCCAUUGAGGGGGCAGAGAUACGCUCUGGACGCCACGCUGAUGCCAUAUUUACUAACAGUUACAGGAAAGUCCUGGGCCAAAUCUCUGCGAGGAAGUUCCUUCAGACGAUCAUGGGAAAACGGCUCGGAGAGGAGAGCGAGAGCUACGUGAAACGUCAGUCCGACAUCUACGAGGGAACGUAUAAAGAAGAUCUAACAUCCAUCCAGAGUAAGCACAGAUACAGAGGAGUCCACGGGAACGUCAUGAGAUUGCUGAGCUGAGAUUGGUGGAUGGGACAGAUUGGAGACUCCUCUCUGCUGCAUUUUCAUAACCAUCACCGCUUGUUUUCUUAUACUCAUGGAAAUUAUAUUGGCAUUUUUUUAUUGGCAUUAAAGCUGUGAAGAAAACCAAUGAGUUUUUGAAAAUGUUGA